AAACAUUUAUAGAAAAAUCAAGAGUGCUGCAACUGACGUGUACCUAAAUGAGAACUGCACUGAUCAAGAAAAUUGUUAAUCGUGUGACGUUUUCCAAGUUUGUUUUGCAAAAAAAAAAAAAGAUCAACUUUUAAAAAAUUAUACUUGUUUGUGUGUGUCGUGUUGUGAAAAUACAUCAUUAAAACGAUGGAGCAAUCUAAAUAUCGAAUAUUUGUCUGUAAUCUCAAUCCGAUCACCUCAGAUAACGAAUUCGUAUCGUAUUUUCAAUCCAAAUGCGGUGGUGUUGAGGAAGGAUCAAGAAUCAUACGUGAUUCCAAUGGCCGUUCCAAGGGAUACGGUUACGUUAAUCUUGCCCAUUUGAUGCACGUCAAUCAAGUGCUUUCUGAAAAAUGUCACAUAAUUAAUGGCAGCAGAGUCGUUUGUAAAAUUUCAUCUCCCAGAAAAAAGAACGAAAAUGUUAUCAACCAUAAUAAAACACCAAAGCAUCUGAGGACAAUAUAUUAUAUUGGCAAUUUGGAUCCCAACACGACGUUGAGACAAAUGAAGGAUUAUUUCUCAUAUUUCGGAGCGAUGGAACAUGCAUAUAUCGUAUCAGAUGAAAACAACAGAUCUUUAGGUUAUGGUUUUGUUGAAUUUCAAAAGGUUUCAGCUGUUAAUUCGGUACAGGAACUAAGACCUCAUAUUAUCCACGACAACGCAAUCACCACAUCUAGAUGUUAUCCUAGAGAUGCCUCCAUUCACUUGAAGAAACCGUCCACCGUUCUUUACGUUUCAAAUUACAAAUACAUCGACGAGGACGAUAUCGAAGAAUAUUUCACUCAAUUUGGAGACAUCGCUUUUGUAUCUCGCAAAGUAAAAUAUCCGCAGGAUACUAAAUUCAUGGAAAUACAUUUCGUCGAUUAUGACGCCGUUGACGUAAUCUGUUUGGCUGGUAAUCAUACGAUCAAUGAUCAGACAAUCACAGUUUCGAAAUAUUGGGGAAAUAAUUUGGCAACAAGCUCGCAAAAAAUCCAAACAGGAGUUCAGUCGCAAGCACAUCCUUCAACAUCAAAUGCUCCUCAGAACUCAGGAUACAUUCAUCAGCAUGCUAAUAACGCUCAUUUUGUAAACCAACAACAGCCUUCGUAUCAAUCUAGGCAACAGCAUGAUCAUUACUCUCAGCAUCAAAGAGGACCUGAAAGAAAUGAUGAAGACUGCGUUAUUCUAUGAUACUUAGAGGCGAGGUGGACAGACAAAUACCUACCUUUUCCAGUUGAUAUUGAAUUUUUGUAAUCCUUGUUUCGACCUUCACUUCAUAUGUAUUUACCUACGCAAACAAACUUAAAUGUACAUACCGUUUUUUUCAACCUAAUAUUUGUAUUACAUACUCGUAUAUCCAUUUUAAUUAACUGUAGUAGGUACCUACAUAAUACAUACAAUACCGUAUCA